AUGAGAAAGCCAUCAAUACAAUGUCUUCCGAUCCUUGCGUUAUUGUUGGAUGUUUCAAGCUCAGCCGAUGCCUCGUCGAACUACGAUGAUUCGAAAACCAAUUCUCAAAGGCUUGAUUUGAGUCAUCGUCGAACCACGAUGAAGUCUGAACAGAAGAAGUCCAACAUGAUCAAAGGGGCUGGAGACCGACAAUUGGUGUUACAAGACGUAGAUGUACCAGCACGAAAAUCCCCGCCUACAGUCUCAAAAGACGACUUGAAGUUUCCAUAUAAACAAGACUGGAAAGACAGGUUCUUGAAUCCGCCAUCUAAUUCCCCCACUGCCGCUCCCUCGAUGUCCGAUGCGCCCACUGGAGCUCCUAUUACAUUCCCUUCCGAUGUUCCUUCCGUGUCCAGUGUUCCUAGUGGAGCUCCGAGCUCAGUGGCUUCCAAUUCUCCCAGCACGGGUCCCAGCUCAUCACCUACCAAGACUAUCAGUUAUGUUCCAGGAAAGUUGACCAACUCCCAAAAUGGAAUGAUUCUCAGCGAGGGACUCCAAAGUCGAAUCAUUGCAAGAGCCGAUCAAAAAGUGCGCUUCAAGGAUGGUUCCUUCUCACAAGAAGUAUUCCACCAAGAGCCAGAUGGUUCUGCCGUCUUUGCGGACCCAGAUACCGGUGGAUGGACAUAUGUGAGCAAUUCGGAGCAGUUUCGAGGCAACGGUGGAGUUGGAGCCAUUGUGUUUGAUAAAGACGGAGAAGUAGUUGACUACAAGAAUCUGCUGCGAGGAACUUCGCGCAAUUGUUCGGGUGGGAAGACGCCAUGGAACACAUGGGUAUCAUGCGAAGAGUGGCGGGAAGGAAAGAUUUGGCAGAUUGAUCCGCAAGGGAUACGGUCACCAGAAGUGACAUCCCUGAGCCCGGCAUUUGGAGACUUUGAAUCCUUUGCCUACGAUGUUCGCGAUUUCGAGAAACCGCGAUUCUUUGUCACAGAAGACAAUAGACAAGGUGCGCUGCGGCGGUUCACACCCACCAAUCCCAACUGGGAUGAUCCGUGGACGAUUCUACACGGGGAUGGGACACUUGAAUAUCUAGUGCUGGUUCCACUUGGUGGAGGCAGAGACGACACUGUUGGGGCAUACUAUUGGACAACAGAUCUAAACAUCGCUAGAGCAAAUGCCGAAUUCUUUUAUCGGUAUACCGAGGGUUUGGACGUAUACGACAACGAAAUGUUUGUCGUCUCCAAGACGCAAAAAUCACUUUUCAUCUUGGAUCUGGAUGGCAAUACCUACAGACGCUUUGACACAGAUUUUGGUCUCUUUGAUGGGCAACCAGAUCAGAUGAAGCGGCUUAUCAAAAAUGGUCCUUCCAAUGUUGAAUUUAGCAGCACAUUUGACGCCAAGGAAGCUGAAGAAGAACCACUGCUGUAUUUCUGUGAAGAUAGUGGAGAAGAGAACGGAAUCCAUGCCAGGGAUGCUAACAACUGGUUCUACACAAUCUUGGAAUCAAACAAUGGCAGCAGGGAAACUUCAGGGCUUGCCUUUUCUCCGGAUGGAAAACAUAUGUACUUUUCGUAUCAAUUUCAAGGCAUCAUCUUUGACGUUUGGCGGGAAGAUGGAUUGCCAUUCUACGGCAAGACACUCGAUGUACAUUAUCACGCGCAACAAGGAAGAUAG